AUGGAUCCCUCGAUAAAUAUGAAAAUUUUAAAAAAUUUUGACUCGGAUGACGACGUAGAAUUCGUCGAGACAUUCUUUAAUGUUGUGCAACACGUUCACGCCGAAGAAAGUUCGAAUGCAGCGCGUACAAGGACGGUCGUCAAUCGUGAUCGCCAAGCCGCACACGACUUAUUGGUACGUGAUUACUUUACCGAUAAUUGUCUUUAUAAUGACGACUUGUUCGAACGUCGUUUUCGUCUGAAUAAGGCUAUAUUUUUACGUAUUAGUAAUGCUUUAGAAUCUCGUUAUGAUUUUUUCAAACAAAAACCCGACGCUAGAGGAAGAAUGGGUUUUAGUAGUAUACAAAAAUGUGCGGCUGCUCUUAGGUAUUUGGGAUACGGUAUAGCAUUUGAUGCAUCUGACGAAUACUUGAAAAUAUCCGAGAGGACCGCGGUUGAAUGUGUAGAUUGGUUUUCUGCAUGUGUUUAUGAGGUUUUUCACGAAGAAUAUUUGCGUAAACCUACUCAACGUGAUAUUGAGAGAUUAUAUUCGGCUCAUGAAGAGAGGCAUGGAUUUCCCGGUAUGCUUGGCAGUCUAGAUUGUACGCAUGUGGCUUGGGAAAAAUGUCCAACUGCAUGGCGUGGUCAGUUCACUCAAGGAGAUAUAGGUGAACCAACUAUCAUCCUAGAAGCUGUUGCAUCUCAAGAUUUGUGGAUAUGGCAUGCCUUUUUUGGAGUAGCGGGGUCCAACAACGACCUUAAUGUUCUUGGUCAGUCUCCACUUUUCAACGAUAUUUGGACCGGCAAAGCACCUGAUAUGACGUUCACGAUAAACGGGCACGCGUACAAAUAUGGUUACUACCUUGGUGAUGGGAUAUACCCGGAUUAUUCUACAUUGAUGAAGGCAUACUCAGUUCCUCGAAGUGAAAAAGCAAAAUUGUUUACAAAAAAACAGGAAUCAGCGAGAAAGGAUAUCGAGAGGGCAUUUGGAGUCCUUAAGCAAACAUGGCAUGUAGUGAAAUAUGUUACACGACUUUGGAAUAAAGAAAGAAUUAAGCGAAUGGUCCUAGCAUGUAUUAUAAUGCAUAAUAUGAUUAUUGAAAAUGAAGGUCGAGCGAUUUGCACGUAUGAUCCGAACGACGUUGUCGUUCCAAUUGAGGAGUUCGUACCCGGAACGAAUGCUUUUUUGGAGCGAGUUGUCGAAAUCCAUAACAAUGAAAUGUGUUUCAAUCUUCGAGAAGAUGUCGCGGAACAUUUGUACCAACAUAGCAUGAACGACGAUUAG